AUGCUGCUGUGGCUGCUCUUCGCCUUUCUUGGACAGUUGUCUGUGUGCAUUCCUGCUCCAGCCUCAGCCUCAGGGAGGAAGUGUGCAUUCCUGGCCAGUCCUCGCAACCUGCUGAAGAUCCUGGAAGCAGGCAACAUUACAGCUGGGGUCCAGGACUGUGAGCACACUCACUGCUGUAUGGGCUACUUCCAGCUGGUCGAUGGGCAGCCCAGACCUGACCUGCUGGGCUGCAACAUAUUGGAGGGGUCCUGUCCUGAAUCUUUAUGCUCUGCAUCAACACAUUUUCAUAACUACAUCAGAUGUGUGUGUAACUCAGACUUUUGCAACAGCAAUAUCUCCUGGAGUCCUCAGAGGAGAGAGUCUCAGCAUUCCUACACACCAGAUCUACUGAGUGCUGGUUUGGUCAUCUUCCCAGUUGGCUUUCUGAUUGUAUGCUGUUCUCUCAUCGCUGCUUGGAGGUGGAGGAGCCACUUCAGAGACUGCAAUAAGAGAGACACAGCUUCACACGAGAGACUGAAAACCUUUGUCUGUUCAUGUGGUGUUUCAGAGAAAGCUGAUAUUGAUUUGGCCAGUGUGGAGUUACAAAAAGUUGUUGCUCAGGGUCGUUUUGCAAGUGUGUGGCAGGGACAAUGCCAUGGUUCGCCCGUAGCUCUGAAGAUUUUUCCUGCAGGACACAGUCGGGAGUUCAUGAGAGAGAAAGAGGUGUACGCACUCCCCCUAAUGGUGAAUUGUGGAAUUGCAUGUUUCCUCGGCGCAGGACGGACGCUGGAGCGGCGAGAGUGUGUUCUCGUACUGGAGCUUGCCGCCCAUGGUUCUUUGAAUGCCUUUCUGUCUAAAACUGCGUGUGACUGGAAAUCAGCAGUAAAGUUAACACAGACUUUAUCACAGGGGCUGGCUUACCUGCACUCUGACAUCAACAAGAAUGGUGUACAUAAACCAGCGGUGGCCCAUAGAGACUUGAGCAGUAAUAACGUACUUGUGCGGGCAGAUGGAACCUGUGCUCUGUGCGAUUUUGGCUGUGCCACUGUAAUCCGCCACUGCACAGCCAGGGACAGCUGGCACAGUCACGUGGACAACACACAGGAUGAAGCGCAGGUGGGAACACUGCGUUAUAUGUCUCCAGAGAUGCUGGAGGGUUCUGUGAACCUGAGCAGUGGCCACUGUCUGAUGCAGGGAGAUGUGUAUGCUUUAGGACUGCUACUGUGGGAGCUGUGGAGCUGCUGUUCAGAUCUCUAUACAGAGGGCCAUGCACAUUCCCUGCCCUAUGAGGUUGAACUGGGGCCUAGUCCAGCUCUGGAGCAGCUCCUAGUGCUGGUGUCAGAGAGGAGACAGCGUCCUGCCAUACCGCAGUCAUGGAUACAUGUUUCUCAGGAAUUCUCAUUGCAGGAGAUUCUGGAAGACUGCUGGGAUCAUGACCCAGAGGCUCGUCUGUCUGCUCAGUGUGCAGCCAACAGACUGGCCUCUCUACCUCCUCACUGCUCUCUUUAA